AUGUUUGACUUCACUGAUGGAGUCAAAAAAUGUUGCCCAAAAACUUGCAAAAAAAAUUGUACUGAAAAAUCAAGGCGUAAUAAAAAUUAAUGUGCAGAUUGUGAUUAAGGACAAGUGUAUGAUAACGAACUUAAUUAAUGUAUUUCUUCAUCUUCUUGUACAGGAAUAAUUAAGUAUGGGAUUUGCUACAAAUUAUUGCAAGGUGUUUAAAUUGAAGAAAUUAUUUAUGAUCCAAUAACAGGAGAUAUUAAAAAACUCACAUGCGAUAAUUAAGUUAUUUAAGAUGGAAAAUGCAAUCUAUAAGAUUGCUAAGAAUGUGACUCUAUUAAUAAAUGUAAAAAGUGUGUAAGUGGAUAAUAUUUACUUGAAGAUAAAACUUGCGGAGAGUGUAAUACUUUGAAAGGUUAUUACACUGAUUCAUAUAAAAAUUGUCUAAAAUGUGAUCCUGUUUGCAAAACGUGUAUGGAUUCUUCAAAAAAGUGUGAUAUAUGUGCUGAUGGCAAAUAUAAAGACUUUCAGUCUUAAAUAUGUGGUGAUUGCGAAACAUCUCUAUCAAAAUUUAUUGAUGGUGAUACAUGUAAACCAUGUGAUCCAACUUGUUAGACUUGUGUAAAUGCUUCAAAUAAAUGUACAACAUGUUCUCCUGGAAAUUAUUUUGUUGAAGAUACUUCAAUUUGUAAUUAAUGCGAUACUUCAAAUGGAUAUUACAUAUAUAAAGAUAAAUGCAAAAAAUGUGAUCCUGUUUGCAAAAGCUGUAAGGAUUCAUCUAAAAAAUGUGACAUAUGUGCUGAUGGCAAGUUUAAAGAUUUUCAGUCUUAAAUAUGUGGUGAUUGUGAAACAUCUCAAUCAAAAUUUAUUGAUGGUGAUACAUGUAAACCAUGUGAUUCAACUUGUUAGGCUUGUGUAAAAGCUUCAAAUAAUUGUAUAAUAUGUUCUAAAGGAAAUUAUUUUGUUGAAGAUACUUCAAUUUGUAAUUAAUGCGAUACUUCAAAUGGAUAUUAAAUAUAUAAAGAUAAAUGCAUAAAAUGUGAUCCUGUUUGCAAAAGCUGUAAGGAUUCAUCUAAAAAAUGUGACAUAUGUGCUGAUGGCAAGUUUAAAGAUUUUCAGUCUUAAAUAUGUGGUGAUUGCGAAAUAUCUUUAUCAAAAUUUAUUGAUGGUGAUACAUGUAAACAAUGUGAUUCAACUUGUUUGACUUGUGUAAAUGCUUCAAAUAAAUGUACAACAUGUUCUCCUGGAAAUUAUUUUGUUGAAGAUACUUCAAUUUGUAAUUAAUGCGAUACUUCAAAUGGAUAUUACAUAGAUAAAGAUAAAUGCAAAAAAUGUGAUCCUGUUUGCAAAAGCUGUAAGGAUUCAUCUAAAAAAUGUGACAUAUGUGCUGAUGGCAAGUUUAAAGAUUUUCAGUCUUAAAUAUGUGGUGAUUGCGAAACAUCUCAAUCAAAAUUUAUUGAUGGUGAUACAUGUAAACCAUGUGAUUCAACUUGUUAGGCUUGUGUAAAAGCUUCAAAUAAUUGUACAAUAUGUUCUAAAGGAAAUUAUUUCAUUGAAGGUACUUCGAUUUGUAAUACAUGCGAUACUUCAAAUGGAUAUUUUAUAGAUAGAGAUACAUGUAAAAAAUGUGAUCCUGUUUGUAAAACAUGUAAAGAUCCACCUAAAAAAUGCGAUACAUGUGCUGAUGGUAAAUACAAGUACUUCAAUCAAAAAUGA